GCCAUUAGGUAAAUUAUAAUCAGUCACAUAUUUGUGUCUUUCAGCAUAAUUAGAUACGAUAAAGGUAUCAUCAUGUCACAUGAGAAUCUAUUUGCUGAUAUUGAACAAGAUAAUAAUCCUUCCUUCUAUGGGAACCCUUCAAUAAUACAAGAUCCUUACACUACCCACACCAAUGCACAACAAUUACGCAAUGAGCAAAAUUCAAAUGGACACCCUCAGAGUAAUGGUCAAGUGGGUGGAUUGAACAACGAUGCUUUUCCCAAUGAGUUAGUCAACAGUACACUCGGAAUCUCACAAAAGAUCAGCGAAUUGCUUGAUGCUGAGGAUUUACAAAUUGAGAUCGUGAACUCCGAACGCCUUGUGAACUCAAAUGUCAUUGUAUACACCAUUCAAUUAUCAUCUAAAAACAGCAAAAUCAUUGUCAAGAGGAGAUACAGCGAAUUUAAAUCUUUGAGAGAUAAUUUACUUAGAUUGUUUCCCACCUUGAUUAUUCCACCUAUACCGGAAAAACAUUCAAUAUUGAGUUACCUUUUGAAUUCAAUAAAUAAUGCAAACGAAAUCAAUAUUAUAGAAAUGAGAAGAAGAUAUUUCAAAAUGUUCUUAGAUGAUUUGAUAUUUGACUCGCAUGAAAAUUUAAAGGAUUGUGUGUUGUUGCAUAAAUUUUUAGAUCCAAAUUAUGAAUUAUCUUGGUAUAAUGCCUUGAAUGAACCACCGGUCAAUAGAAUUCCUGAUAAUUUGUUAAUGGCUAAUCCUGUUGAUCCAUCAGAUCAAAAUGGAUUAUACAGUUUGUUGCCUAUUGUUAAUGGAUUUGAUUUUAACUCGAAUAUAGAUAACUUACCAAACCUAAAGAAAAUGAAUGACGACUUGUUAAAGUUGAAUGAUCAAGUUAAGCUAUACGAAUUACGAGGAUUUGAACAAGAUUUUGAAUUUUUAAUUCCCGAAGAGUUAGUCAUGUUUGAAGUCAAGUUUCAUCAAAUAAUUAAGAUAUUAUCCGAUUUGAAUAAACUUGAUAUUAGAACUUCAAAAAAUUUCAAGGGUUUAAUUAGUAUCCUAAUUGAUUUAGGAAGUAAUUUAAACAAUUUCAGUUUGCAAAUUUACCACCAAAAGACCAAUUCGAACCAAUUAUCUGAAUCUAUCGAGAAAUUUGGAUCCACUAUAGACCAAUCGUUUUUGAAUUUUGAGAGUUUCAUCACAAACCAUUUGAUCCCAGAAUGGCAAGAACCAAUCAACCAGUUAGUUCAAUAUUACUACACCGCAUUAAAUUUGAUUAAAUUUUAUAAAUAUAAAAUCAUUCAAUACAAGAUUUUGUAUAAAUUAAAAUUUAACAAAUUUCAACAAUUGGUUAAUUUGUCAAAUCUUGGGGUUACUCCACAUACCACAAAUACAGAAUCCAACCUGGCCCCAACCAGCCAAGGAGAAAUAGAAGUGAAUAUUGAGCACUUGCAGGAAUUGAAUAGUCCUACUUUGAAUAAUGCAUUGAAGAACUUAUCGAAGAAGAAACUUACCAAGAAAAAUUCAUGGUAUGGCUUAUUUGGCGGGAAUAAUCAACCUAAAAAGUUUAAUUUUAAACUUCCAGAAGAAACACAGCCGCAGCAGCAACAACAACAACAACUGGCACCCCCUUCAAGCAGUUCUUCUUCGGGUUCUCUCAAGUUUAAAUUAAAUCAAAUUGAAAAGGAACUUAACAAAUUAAACCAAUUAAUAGAACUUUGCAAUAAUGAUAUGGGUAUAUUAACUAAAGCAUUAGUUACUACCUUUGAAGAGUUCCUUGUUAAGUUAGAAAGAAAAUGGUUGAAUUUGAUGAUAAAUUAUAUUAAGAAUGCUAAGCAUUUAUUUAUAGAAAAUUUACUCAAUUGGCAAGACUUUAAAGAGUCUUUAGAGUCGGGAAGUCAAGAGAUAACUUAGGGUGUAUAGAUUUUAAUAUUUACGUGCAUGUAUUGCUGUUUUAGGAA